GAACCUUCCACAGAUAUAUAAACCUCCUUUGCUUAGUUUUCCAAUAUACCUCACAACCUCUGAGGAUGCCUGUCAUAGAUGUGGGCAAGGUGUCAGGAGAGAAUACUUCUGGAACAUGUCCAUACAGUCCAGAAAAUGCACAACAACCCAACUUAAAGACACACAGCAUAAACAACAACAAUCUGUCAAUCUUAUUUUCCACUGUCAAUCAGAUAAGAAAGUUUGUUUGGUUUUUCAAAAGUUUUCUUUAGUACUUUCUCUGCCUGUGAUCAUCAAAAUAUCUAAAAUAUUCUAAAGCUGACUUUGACUUUUCUAGUAUAUAUGGAUCUCAAAGGCCUCAUUAUGGCUAAAAGGAAAAUAAAUACUGGAGACCAUGUAAUGAACUCUAUGAAGAAAAAAGACCUGAUGUCUAAUGUUAAAGGCCAUUGUUUUAGCAUCCUGAAAUAUACCUCCUCCUUUUUUUUCGAUAGAUUUCAUUGUGGUUGGAGUCAUUACCUUUGACAGGCACUUAUUGUUCUUGUUUUUCCUGAAAUAUUGGAAUUAUUUUGUUCCAGACAAACCAGUGUCGCCUUGCAGCAUGGUCGAGUGCAGGAAGAAGGAGAAGUGUGAAGUCAUAGAUGGAAACGCCGUGUGUGUGGCAGAGUCUGAAGCCGUCUGCAGAGCUCAAGGAGACCCCCAUUAUCACACCUUUGAUGGAAAGAAAUUUGACUUCAUGGGCACCUGUACCUACACCAUCGCUAAGACUUGUAGCCGCGAUGCAACUCUUCCUACCUUCAGCGUUGAGGCCAAGAAUGAAAACAGGGGAAAUCCCCGUGUUUCCUAUGUUGGUUCAGUAACAGUAACUGCCUAUAACAUCACCAUCUCUAUUGCAAGAAAUGAAGUUGGACUUGUUCGGGUGAAUAGCCAGCGUUCCCGGCUCCCGAUCUCCUUGAAGGAAGGAAAACUCCAUCUCUACCAGAGUGGGGGCUCUGUCUUCAUUGAGACUGAUUUCUCACUGAAAGUUUCUUAUGACUGGAAUAGCUAUCUGGUGGUAAAGAUUUCCAGUAGUUUUUCAGAAAGUGUGUGCGGCCUUUGCGGCAACUACAACGAAAACCCUGCCGAUGACUUCACUACUCCGAAUGGAGCCUUGGCUUCCAGUCCUGUGGAGUUUGGGCAGAGCUGGAAGGUGGAGGACGGGGACCGGUUCUGCUGGGAUGACUGCCGAGGCGGAUGCAAAACAUGUUCCUCGGAAAUGGCCAACAAGUAUAAAGCCGAACCUUUCUGUGGCUGGAUCACCAAAGAAGGGAAUGGCCCAUUCAGCCAGUGCCAUUGUGUGAUUAACCCUGAGAUCUUUUUGGAAAACUGUGUUUAUGAUGUCUGCUUGAAUGACGGCCGCAAGGAAGUCCUGUGUGAGGCUCUGAAAAACUAUGCAGAAACCUGCCAGAGAGAAGGAAUUGCUGUUUCUGACUGGAGAGUACUCACUGGUUGCUGUGAGUAUUCUUGGAGGAUGAGUACAGAGCACAUAUUUUAUCUAAAAUCUAUAUAUAUAAAAGGUUAUCCAGUCCUGAUACAAAUGAUGCUACUAAAAGCAAAGAGAAAACUGCCUUUAUCAGUCAAUAUGUCUAUUUCCAUGUAUCAACAGAAGAUUGUAGUAUAUGGUAUACAUGGUGCCAAGUGUCAUGUCCUUAUCUGUUGUCUCUUAUCUCUGACAGCUCUACCUUGCCCUGAGAACAGUCAGUACAAGGCCUGUGGACCGCCAUGUCCAGCUACUUGCAAUGAUCCGGCUGGUCCCAAGAACUGCUCUUCGCUCCCUUGUGUAGAGACCUGUGAGUGCAAUGCAGGCUUUGUGUUGGAAUCUGGAAAAUGCAUCCACAAGGCUGCUUGUGGGUGUGUAUUCGAGGGCAAGCUCCUCUCUCCUGGUGAGCAAUUCUGGGCAGACAGCACAUGUACAAAACACUGCAUCUGUGAUCCACAGACUAAGCAAGUGAAAUGCCAACAAGGAGGUUGCAAGACUGGGGAGCAAUGCAGGGUAGAAGGUGGCAUUCAGAAUUGCUACCCUUCCGGUUUUGGAACUUGCUCUGCUUCAGGAGACCCUCACUACCUUAGUUUUGAUGGGAAGAGAUUUGAUUUCCAGGGCACCUGCAUGUACCAGUUGGCUGGACUGUGUGAAAAAAGGAAAGACCUUGUGGAUUUUCAAGUUCUUGUCCAAAAUGACCACCGAGGCAGCCAGUCUGUGUCUUAUACUCGGCUUGUGGAGAUCCAUAUUAACGGGACUGCCAUUACGAUUAGCAGAGAAAACCCUGGAAAAAUUAAGGUCAAUGGUUUGCUGACCAACCUACCAUACAGCAUUGAAAACCAAAUCUUAGUGUUUAGAAAAGGACAAGAAGCAGUGGUUCAGACUGCUUUCCAUCUGACAGUCACCUUUGACUGGCAAAGCCGUGUCACUGUGAAGGUGCCCAGCACUUAUGCCGGUGCCCUUUGUGGCCUCUGUGGCAAUUUCAAUGGCAACAAAAACGAUGAUAUGACCAUGAAGGAUGGAAAUGUUGCUUCAAAUGCACCGGCCUUUGGUCAGAGUUGGAAAGUGAAGGAGAUACCGGGCUGCACCGAAGUGGACAAAGGAGAAUGCUCUGAGCUGUCAGCCAUCGAGGAACACCAACGGAAACUCAAUACAGGCUGUGGGCUUAUCCUGGCCCAAAAUGGGCCAUUCAGAGAGUGCCAUAAGAAGAUUGAUCCAGAAGGAUACUUCCAAGACUGCGUGUAUGAUUAUUGCUUCUUUGACGGCCAGCAAAGUGUCAUCUGCCAGCUUAUUGCAAGCUACGCAGCAGCCUGCCAAGCUGCAGGGGUGACUAUUUAUGCCUGGAGAUCUGACACUUUCUGCAAUUCUUCUUGUGCUCCAAAUGCCCACUAUGAACUCUGUGCUCGGGACUGUGGACAGACUUGUGGCAGCUUCUAUGUCCAAGUCCCUUGUUCAGCGGAGUGCCGGGAAGCCUGUGUGUGUGACGACAACUUUGCACUGAGUGGUGAUAGUUGCGUCCCUCUGUCUCAGUGUGGCUGUUUCCAUCAAGGUCGCUAUUAUUCAGCAAGAGAGACUUUCUACCCAACAUGCCAAGAGCGCUGCAUUUGCCAAGCUGGAGGGACUGUUAUAUGUUCGGCAGUCUCCUGCGGUCCCAAUGAGGAAUGUAGACUGUCCGGUGGCAUCCGUAAAUGCUACCCUGUUGGCAGUGCCACCUGUUCUGCCUCUGGUGACCCACACUACCUUUCAUUUGAUGGCCUGGCCUUUGAUUUCCAGGGCACUUGCACAUAUACCUUGGCUAAGACCAAAGCAGACAGCAGUGCCUUGAUCCCCUUCACUGUUAAUGUGGAGAACGAACCUUGGGGGAACGGGAAAGUCUCGGUUACCAAGAUGGUCUCUGUCGCAGUCUAUGGGGUUACACUCACAUUAAUGCAGAACACAAAGGGGCAAAUAAAGGUGAGUCUCUUAUGCAGUGUGAAUGGUAUAUUCCAGCCACUUCCUAUCACCAUUGCUUCUGAGAAGGUCAGAGUCUAUCAGCAUGGCACUAAAGUCCUGUUAGAAACUGACUUUGGCCUCACUGUGAGCUAUGACUUGGUUUACCAUGUGACCGUUACUGUCCCAAGCACUUACCAGAGUCAGAUGCAAGGCCUAUGUGGGAACUACAAUGGACAGAAAGAUGAUGAGUUCCUGCUCCCUGAUGGCAGCAAAGCCUCAAAUGUAGCUGCUUUUGGUGCUGCUUGGAAGGUUCCAGUCCCAGGGGCAACUGAAGCCUGCUCAGAUGGAUGCUCGGGAAGUGACUGCCCAACCUGCGAGGAAAGGAAGAAGGACAUUUUCAAGCAGCACAACUACUGUGGGAUCCUCACAGCAUCAGAUGGCCCCUUCAGAGCCUGUCACAGCAAGGUGGACCCUAGCGUGUUCUUCAAUGACUGCAUUUAUGAUCUUUGCUUGGGCAAUGGAGACAGGCCAGUCUUGUGCCAAAGUAUCCAGAGCUAUGUGUCUGCCUGCCAAGAAGCAGGUGUCUCUGUUGAGUCCUGGAGGAAUUCAUCCUUUUGUUCUCUGAGCUGUCCAGCCAACAGCCACUAUGAGUUGUGUGCCGAUGUCUGCUCCACCAGCUGUGCCAAGAUCACAGACCGCCGACCAUGUCCCGAGACCUGUGCAGAGGGCUGCCAGUGUGAUAAAGGCUUCUUCUUCGAUGGCUUGGGCUGUGUCCCUGCAGAAAGCUGUGGGUGUUUCCACAAUGGCCGCUACUACAAGCCAAAUGAGAAGGUUCUGCUGAAUGUAUGCCAGGACAGCUGCACUUGUAUUCCAGGGCUGGGGGUAACCUGUGAAUCCCACACAUGUGGCACCGAUGAGACCUGUAAGAUCCACAAUGGAGUCCUGAGUUGCAUCAAUAAGGAUCCGUGUAAAGAUUUGCCAUGCCGAGAAAAAGAAACAUGCAAAGUUAAGAAUGGCGAAGCCCAGUGUGUCCCGGAUUUCACAGGAACCUGCUGGGGUUGGGGAGACCCACAUUAUCAUACAUUUGAUGGGCUGAAGUUUGAUUUCCAGGGCACUUGUUCUUACACUAUUGCCAAAUACUGCGGAAAUGACUCUACAUUAGUUCCUUUCUCUAUUGAUGAAAAGAAUGACAACAGGGGCAACCAGGCAGUAUCCUAUGUGCGCCUGGCCAACAUCUAUCUGUACGGAUAUAAGAUCUCAAUCUACAAGCAGGAAAUUGGAAAAGUCAGGUUAAAUGAUACAAUUGUGAGCCUUCCACUGAAUCUUCUGGAUGGGAAGAUCAGGCUUUACCAGAGUGGUUCCAAUGCAGUUCUUGAGACAGAUUUUGGACUCCACGUUACAUAUGACUGGAACUGGCACCUGGUAAUUACUCUUCCCAGCAGUUAUUACGGAGCCAUGUGUGGGCUCUGUGGAAACUUCAAUCAAAACCCAGGAGAUGAUAUGACCUUCCUCAAUGGGACCAAGGCUCCCUCCAUUGUAAGCUGGGCCAGCAGCUGGAAAGUCAAGGACCGGGAUCCCUUCUGCUGGGAUUACUGUCCAAGGGAUUGCCCAACAUGUGAUGACAGCAAGAGAGAGUUGUAUGGAGAAGAACGCUAUUGUGGUCUGAUCAGCAAAACUUCAGAAGGGCCCUUCAGAGAAUGUCACUCCAUAGUGAAUCCAGAUGACUUCUUUGAUAGUUGCAUUUAUGAUGUCUGCCUAAAUGGAGGAGCCCAGAACAUCCUCUGCCAGGCCUUGGAGGCCUAUGCGAAGACCUGCAGAAAAGCGGGUGCCACCAUAUAUGAUUGGAGGACACCCUCUGGAUGUGUCUUGCCAUGCUCAGAAAAUAGCCAUUAUGAGUUCUGUGGCAAUGCCUGCACGGCUACCUGUUCUGACCGCACUGCUUCCUCUUCAUGCCAUGAACCAUGUGUGGAAACCUGCCAGUGCGACGACGGCUAUGUCCUCAGUGUCGACAAGUGUGUGCCCAUUGGGAGCUGUGGCUGCACCUACAAUGGCUUCUACUAUAAACCUGGGGAGGAAUUCUGGGCCGAUGAGAAUUGUGAAUCUCACUGCACAUGUGAUUCCAGCCUGGGGAUUGUAGUUUGCAAACCAGCCAGCUGCAAAGCUAAUGAGAGGUGUGCAGUGGACAAUGGGGUCCGAGGCUGUCUUCCUGUUGGGUUUGCUACUUGUUUAGCAUCUGGAGAUCCGCACUAUACUACCUUUGAUGGGAAAAGAUAUGAUUUCAUGGGGACCUGUGUCUACCAGCUGGCAGGCUAUUGCGCCGAUGACCAAACCCUUACACCUUUCACUGUGGAUGUGGAAAACAACAACCGAGGCAACAAAAGGGUAUCCUACACUAAAGUGGUAACUUUGAAGACUUAUAAUGUAACCAUUGUCCUGAGCCAGGAGCAUCCACGCAAGAUUCAGGUGAAUGAUGUUUUUGUGAACUUGCCUUUCUACUAUGAAGACAUGAUACAGGCUUACAUCCGUGGGAAUGAGGCCUUCAUCAAGACCAAUUUUGACCUGACAGUAACCUUUGACUGGAAGAGUUAUGUCAAAGUGUCUGUGCCCAGCACUUAUUCCAAUGCCCUUUGUGGCCUCUGUGGCAACUACAAUAUGAACCCCAAGGAUGAUUUGAUCAUGAAGAAUGGGAACCAAGCUUCUAGCGUAUCCCAGUUUGGAGAGAGCUGGAAGGUGGCAGAGGCCCCGGGUUGCUCUGUGGGUUGCACCACUGAUUGCCCAGUCUGUGGAGAGGAACAGAAACUCAUCUAUCAGGGUAACCAAUACUGUGGGAUCCUCAUCAAAAAGGAUGGCCCAUUCAGACAUUGUCAUGGCAUCAUUGACCCAACUCCCUACUUUAAUGAUUGUGUCUUUGAUACCUGCCAGUACCAUGGUCAGCACGACACGUUGUGUAAUGCCAUCAGUGUUUAUUUGGCAGCCUGUCAGGCCCUGGACAUCCAGGUUGAACAAUGGCGAUCGGACUCUUUCUGCAGUCUUUCUUGCUCACCUAACUUUCAUUAUGAGCUCUGUGGAAAUGGCUGUCCAGCAACCUGCUAUGGUCUCUCUUCUCCCUAUGGCUGUGAACCAUCAUGCAAAGAAGGUUGCUAUUGUGAUUCUGGGUUUGUCUUGAGUGGAGAUCAAUGUGUUCCUCUUGGCGACUGUGGCUGUUCAUAUCAGGGCAAAUACUACAAGAAGGGAGAGGAGUUCUAUCCCACUGCAAACUGCCAGAAGCACUGCCGCUGCGCUGGCAAUGGAGUUGUUGAAUGUCAAGAUAUUUCAUGUGGCGCUCAUGAGGAAUGCAAAGUGGAGAAUGGCAUCCAAGGUUGCCAUCCUGUGGGUUGUGGCAAAUGCACUGUGACUGCUGGAUCUCACUAUUUGACUUUUGAUGGACGGGCCUAUGAUUUCCAGGGGACCUGCACCUAUGUUUUAGCUGAAGUUCAUUUGAGAGUUUCUAAGUUGGCAAACUUUUCUAUUCUGGUGGAGAAUGAAAGGUCCUUGACCAAGAAAGUUGUGGUCUUUUUUGACGAAUACAUUACUAUUCUUGAGAAAGCAAUGAAGUGGAACAUCAAGGUGAAUGGAGAACUCUACACUUUGCCACUAAGUACAACUGAUGGGAAACUCUGGGCUAACCAAGAAGGGAACAAUAUAAUCCUCCAGUUUAAUUCUGGCCUCAAAAUCCUUUAUGACUCCUCCUCUUAUGUCUUUGUCUCGGUACCUAGUACAUAUCAAGGACAUCUCAGUGGCCUAUGUGGUAACUUCAAUAAUGAUAUGUCAGAUGAUUUCACUCUACCAGAUGGGAAAAGUACCCAGAGUGUUGAUGAAUUUGGUAUUUCUUGGAAACUUCCAAUUGGUGGUGUCAGUUGUGUAGAUAGCUGUGGGGACAAAUGCCCCAUCUGUGAUGCAAGUAAGACAGCACCGUAUCAGCCAGAGAGUUCCUGUGGAAUAAUAAAAGCCACAACAGGCCCUUUCAAAGAUUGCCACUCCUUGGUGAAUCCUGCUGAAUACUUCAACAGUUGUUUGUAUGAAAUGUGUGCAUCCAGUGGUGCAGGAGAGACCCUCUGUCGGAGUGUUCAAGCUUAUGUUGCUGCGUGCCAGGCUGCUGGAGUUACAAUUGGUGCCUGGAGAACAAACACUUUCUGUCCUCUCACCUGCCCAUCCAACAGCCAUUAUGAGUUAUGUACAAGGACAUGUGAUUUCACCUGCAACGGAUUGUCCUCUCCAGGACAAUGCACCAAAAAAUGCUUUGAAGGGUGCCAAUGUGACAGUGGCUACCUAUUUGAUGGAGACAGAUGUGUGCCAAUGGAGAACUGUGGCUGUGUACAUGAGGGCCGCUACAUCAAGGCUGGAGAUGGUAUAAUCUUAGAAGACUGUUUGAAGAACUGCACCUGCCACGCUUCUGGCCAAUUCGUUUGUGAGAAAACCAACUGCCCAGAAGACGCCAUAUGUUCCCUCCAUAACGGUGUGCGUGGUUGCCUGGGGCCCAUGGGAGAGUGUGUACUCCAACCUGGAGCAAUGCUAACCUCAUUUGAUGGUACCUCUGGACAUAUCCUCUAUGAAGGAAUUUAUGAAAUAGCUUCUCUUUGUAAUCAAAACGACCCUUUUUGGUUCAGGAUUAUAGCAGUGGUCCAAUUAUGUGACAAUUGGGAUCUGGAAGCUGUGUCGACCAUACAUGUCUUUUUCAAAGGAAUGUUCAUCACAGUGAAAAGCACCAAUGAAACUUGGGUAAAUGGACAUCGAGCAUCACUCCCAGGUACAACAUCUGAAAAUAUGUCUAUAAGCACCUCUCGUGAUGGGGUUGUGAUUGAUCUAGCUUCUGAAGUCAAAGUUCUCCUCAGACCCUGUGGAGAAGUAAAGGUGGAAGUUAGUGAAAGUCUGGGAGGAAAACUCUGUGCCUCGUGUGGGAACUUUAAUGGAAAUGGUGCUGAUGACUUGACGCUGCCCAAUGGGAAGACAGCAGGAGAUCUUGCUGAAGUUAUUGAUGCCUGGAAGGCCUUGGACUUCUCUGGCUGUAAAGUCUAAAAGCCGUCUGAAUCACUGUGAAGGUUUCCCUGUGGCCCUUAUAACUGGCAAUAACAAAAACUAUUUAAACUCUGGAAUGAGAUUUUUCAGAAUGUAAGAGUUUCCAGGUCUUGCAUUUCAUGUAUCAAUAAAAUAUUUUUGGAAACCUG